AUGGAACCAAAACAACAACAACAAAAACAAUUACAUAAACACCAGAAAGGACAGGGGCGGGGUGGGGUGGGGGAGAAGGAAGCCGGGAAAAAGGACGAGAUGAAUUGCAUGCACAGCGUGUUGGGUGCAAAAAUUAUUCCAGGCAAGGAUGCGUCGUUGAAUGCUGGUGCUGCCCCCAUUGACGAUGGGAGAAACUGGCCGUAUCAGUCCGCAGAGUACGGAUGUCAAGAUUUGUUGGCUUACAGCUCCUACUGCCACGGAUCCGGUGAUGUUUUUUUGGUAGACAUGAACAGCAUGCAGCUAGUCCAAACACUGCAUGGACACAAUGCGCCUGUUACAUGUGUCCAGUGGAAACCACCACCGGCGUCUUAUUUGCAACAUGGGUUGUUUCUUAUCACUGGAGAUCGUGGAGGGGCCGUUGCCAUUUGGGAUGUGGCUGAGGGAGUGGUUCUGAAUAGCAUCCAGGUACCGAAUAGCCAGCCCAUACAUGCCUUUUCUUACUUGGCAAAGCAACACCUAUUGGUUGUGACAAGAGACGGCUCGAAUUUUGUGUACGAUUCACAUCUUGUGGGUAAAGAACCAUUUGGUGAGUUUGAAUUCCCUGUUCGAACUGAGCCUACAGACUCCUUUGUUCCGCUGCGUGUGUGUACGUCCAAACUUAGCUCCACACAGGCUUCUUGUUUUGUGCUUGGUGAUCGUCUGCGUGUGAUUGGUUCCUUGGAAACGGCACCGGGUAAAAGCGGUGUCGGUCUGCAGAUGAAGGAUUUGGUUUACGACAGCGAAGACGGCCAUGAAACAGUCUUGGAUGCCACUUUUAGUGAGGCUCAUGAAGAUGUUUUGUAUUUUGCAACACGAAAUUCCGUUGGAGCCUACGACUGGAAAACGGGUUUGCUUCUUAAUGAACAGGUACUGUGGCACACGAAGAGUGAUGUGGAAUUUAGGCGUCUUUUCUCCUCUUCGCCUAGUUCAUGGACUGAGGGCUAUCAAGAGCUCCCUUUUUUGUAUUCUUUUGGGACCGAUCAGAGACUCUGCGCCUGGUACAACUCCCAGAAGGAAAAAGUAACAACUGUAUCUGCCGACGUGAGAGGUGCGAGAAUUGUCUCCAAGACGGUUUCAAAUGUGGUUCAGUCUCGAACGACGGCCAAUCUUUUUGCUGUUAUUUUUGCCGAUGGCUCCGUGGCACGGUGGCGGUAUUUGGUGGAACGCCGGCGUUGGUCACUGGAAGGUUUUUUUUCCUUUGCGCUUCUUAAGCCUACCCGACUCUGUGUGGUGGGAGACAAUAUCGUUUGCUGCGCGCUGGAAAAUGGCCACAUGGUUCUUUUGGAUGUGAUGCACAAUGUGACACUUCGAAGAAUAAACAUUGUGCAUUCCGGGGGUACACGCAUCAUAUUGCUUAGUCCUCAUCGUUGGGGGGAGUCUGUUUGGAUGGUGACAAACAAGUCCACACAACUUCGUAAUUUUCAUCAGGUGACACUUUUUGAUUGCCGCAGUGGCUCCCCCUUACGAGUACUUCGAAGGCCCACAAUUCCUGAUUCUACCCGCAUGAAAGAAAUAACGUUAAGUGCUACAGGAACUUUUUUACUCCUGACAUUUCUUGACGGUACAUUCGAAGUGUGGGGCGUAGAAGAGGGUGACCUCAUUUAUACAUUUGAGGGAAUGGGGGUCGCGGGAGUUUCGUGGGCACCGCAAUCAUUCCUCUCCUGCCUUACUGGUGUCCAAGGCAGUCCCCAACUGCUGGCUAUCAUAUUUACAGACGGUGGGAUGAGCUUAUGGACUGUCUACAAGGACCGGGUAGUAAAAAACCGUGAUGUAACCUCGUUGUUUUCUGGUGGCUCUAUUCCGCGCGUUAAUUGUGUGCCCACCGAAGAAGCGUUGAUACUGACGCAUGGUAUGAAGCUACCUUUGGUGGUAAGCUUGGGGAGUUUCGGAUUUUCUCUGGAAGCAUUCAAAUCAGUUUCCCUUAACAACCCUGCGAUACACGUUGCGGUGUCGAAGGGGGAAGGAAUGUGUGCGAACAAUACCCGUACAGAGAAAAAUAAUUCAGUUGUGCUGGUUGCUAUUGCUUUUGCAGAUGGCGCUUUUGGAGUCUGGAAUGCGUCUAACAAGGAGAGAAUAAGUUAUUCGCGGGCAACACUGAUCAAUUUGACCGCAAAGCAAUUGACGUGGAUAGCGGAUAAGCUCUUUGUUCUCACGACCAACGGUGACAUUGCGGUUCUUGACAAGUCCCUUACGUCAGCCAACAGCAAUGUUUCUUGUAAGUUUCAUCGAAGACCUUUACAAACCAGUGCUUUUUUUUUGCCUGCCCAUCGAACAUAUAUUCAAACACUUUUGGAGACCCAAACCAUGUGUGGGUCGCCAGGCACCGGCAACCUUCAGAGUGCCAGCUCGCCAAGUUACCUGGUACAAAGCAUCGAUUCACAGAGGCGCCCCUGUCGAGGACCGUUUGGGCAGGUCAUUACAGAGGGAAUUACAACACUCGCACAGGAAUUGGAUCUUUACAAGGAGACGAUGGUACCAAGGCACAUUCGCGAACCAAUGCAGCGCGCAGUUGCCCAAAAACGUACCGAGGAGGUUGCAUUUUGGGUGGCUCGCUUUUUUGGUCAAGAGGAGAAACAGCGAUUCUGGUUGCAGUUUUGUGUAAAC